GGGUUGGACGUCAACUCAUGCCAUAUCAUAGAAAUGGCCUGCAUUAUUACCGAUGGCAACUUAAAUAUUGCUGCAGAGGCUCCUACAUUGGUUAUCCAUCAACCUGAUAGUAUUAUGGAUAAUAUGGAUGAAUGGUGCACUGAACAUCAUGGAAAGUCUGGGUUAACCAAUGCUGUCAAAUCUUCAACGAUCUCAUUACAACAAGCGGAAAAUACCAUGUUAGAUUUUGUUCGUCAACAUACAUUACCAAAGCGCUGUCCCUUAGCUGGGAAUACCGUGUAUAUGGAUCAGAAAUUUUUAGAGAAAUAUAUGCCACAAUUUGUCGACCACCUGCAUUACAGAAUUGUUGAUGUUUCGACCAUCAAAGAACUGUGCAGGAGGUGGUAUCCGAAAGAAUUUGCCAAAGCACCUGCCAAGCCAUGCAAUCAUCGAGCCCUGGAUGAUAUUAAAGAUAGUAUUCAAGAAAUGCAAUUCUAUCGAUCCGUAAUUUUUCGUUGA